AUGUCUCGGUCAUUCUCUCGCUCCGCCUGUGAUAAACAGUCGCUGUCACUGAAGCCCGUCCACCGCUCCAGGAAGUGGUUUUGCCACAGGUGGGUGGAGCAGAGAGGGAAAGAAAGACGAGAAACCAAGCGCCUGGGAAAGAGAGAUAACCAGAGAGGUUCAGCCGUCCUCCAUGUGUGCCUGGAGAGGGUGGGCCAGCUGGAGCUGUGGCUGCAGGAAGCCCAGAGGAGCCUGGUAGCCGGGGGAGCUGCUGCCGGGGCAACCACUAUGCAGGACAGCGUGGAGCAGCAACUCCUCACCUGCCAGGACAUGUUCCUGGAGAUCGAGCGGAGGGUCUCCAGCCUGGCGGCUCUCGGUCCGGCGGCUGACCAGCAGCAGCAGGACGAGGCGGCCGAGCUGCUCUCCUCCAAACUGGAGCUCCUGAAGGCCAACCUGGUGUCCUUCCAGCAGCUUCUGCAGGACAGACAGGGGGAGGAGAGGACCCUCACACACACUGAGACACAGGGACAGAAGUCAGCAGCUCAGUCAGAGCGCCACCUGGAGUCCAGGCUGCGGCGCAGCAGCAGUGUUCAGGAGAUCUUCUCCUCUCCCAGAAACAAACUGCUCCGACAGAGCAGCCUGCAGCAGCAGAAGGAGUUGGAGCAGCAGCUGACGGAGCAGAGAGGUCUGACCCAGGCCAUCGCCCUGCAGGGCGGCAGAGGACGGCUCCACAGCCCGGACACAGAGGACCAGAGCCCGCUGUCACCACGGUGGCCUCCUGCUGGGUCGGCUGUGCACGAGGACGCGGCUCACAGGAAGUGGGACGGCCUUCACAGCCAGCUGCUUUCUCUGGAGGAGAGCUGGCUGCUUCCCCCUUCAGAGGUGACAGACUCAUCUACGAGGCACAGUGAUGGAACAGCAGGACGCGUAAUUGGCACACAAACCCUGAAAGAGCUCCAAACUCACAUCAGCCAACUGAGAGAGCUGGGCCUCACAGCGACAGAAGCUCUGAGUCAGGCCUCCUCGGUGGACGGCUCCCAUGAGACGCUGGACGAGGGUUUGUUUCAUUUGCUGCACGGAGCGUCCCUGUCCCUGUCCUCCUUCAACAACCUGCUGCACUCACCUGCUGGGACAACACAUGAAGAAGACACUCAGCUGAGGCUGCUGCAGCUGCAGAGCCUGUCAGCAGCGCUAGCUUCCCUUGGCAGUGAGCUGUCCUCUCAGGGCUCAGAGGUCAGCCGUGUGCUGGGGUCAGAGCGCGGUCAGCAGUGUGUGGAGGCUCUGUGCAGAGUGCUGUGUGUGGUGCAGGCUGCUCUGAGCAGCAGAGAGCAGCAGCUCACACACCUGCAGGAGGAGGCGGCCCAGCAACAGAUACAACUGAAUGAGUUGCAUGCAGCCUUCACUUCUAACCAGGCGACGGCUCACCAAAUAAUUCAUGAAUUCAAUGGAUCUCUGGGCCUUAACAAACAAAUACAGGCUGUGGUUCAGAUGCAGGAGUCUCUGCAGCAGCAGGUGGAGCAGGUGAGCUCCCUGAUGGAGGAGGCGCACCGACACCACCUGCCUGCCUCCCUCAUCCAGCAGGCCUCACAGCUGCAGGAUGAGCUGGACACUUCUCUAGGUGGUGUUCGCUCCCGCUGUGAGGAGCUGAAGCACAGUGUGGAGCUGCAGCAGCAGUAUGAGCGUCUGGUCCUCAGCCUGCAGGAGCUGCUAGUUCUGGGCCCUGAACGCCUCGAGCAGAAGCCUGACGCAGAGCUCCGCGACAGAGCUCAUCUACAGCAGCAGCUCAGUAGCCAUACGAAGUUCUUCCAGUUCCUGGGCCAUCACUUUAGGAUCCUGCAGAACCUGACCCACAGAGUCCCGGAGAGCACCCUCCAGAGGUGGCAGGGUGUGGUGAUGGGCCUGCAGGUGGAGAUAGCCCGGCUGCACCAGCAAGGACUGGACCAAGGGACCAGGAUGCAGGAGACAUUACAGAUGUGGUCGCAGUGGGAGGAGGACAGAGCCUGGUCAGACUCCCUGCUGAGUCCCAUUGAAACUUCAUCUAUCAAGAUGCACAAUGAGGGUAAUUCAGAGGAGCGGAUAUCAGAGAAACUCUCAGUCUACCAGGAGCUGCGUGGCGUUCUGCAGGAGAACAAGGCGCGGUUCAGUCGGAUGCUGGAGGCGGGGCUCCGGCUGCAGGAGGUGGGCUGCAGAGGAGUGGGAGUGGCCAACAGCAAACUGGAGGCAAGAUGGAGAGCCCUUCACAAGAAGGUGGAGCACCAAUGCACAAAUGUAGACAAGAAGAGGAAGCUAAGGAGCAGGUUUCUUCGUGACUCUGCUGUACUGGCUGACUGGAUGGGCGGGGCCAGAGAGAUGAUUGACAGAUGUCAGCUCUCUGUGUCAGCAGAGGAGGAGAUGGAUGUUGAACAGAGGCGUGAUCACUACUUCCAGUUUGUGGUUUUGACCAAACGCAUGGAAGCAAAGUCUGGACUGAAGGUGGCUGUGAACGGAGCGGGAACCCAGCUGCUGCAGAUGAGGGAGGAAGAGGACGGAGACUUAGAAAUAAAUCUAGAGGACAAAGAAACAUCAGAACCAGAUCUCUGCUCCAUCAACGCUCAGCUCAGACAGAUGGAGCUGGACUGGUCCCGCCUCCUGGCCGAUGUUCCUGUCACCCAACAAGCUCUGCAUAAG